CUGAAUCCAAUCGGCUUCGAUUCCACAGUAUGUACUAGCCAAGCCUCUCUGUCAUCACCCACAAGUAACAUACCUGCUGUCUGCAGAGCCUCUAAUCCUGUAGCUUCCUUAACACGAGCAGCCUCCAGAGGUUAAUAUGAUAUUCCAAAGCAAGAUAACUGGAAUCUCACCCAUUAAAAAGAAUAACAAACUCUUUGGAGACCGUUAUUUUGGAGGUAAUGAGGGAGGUAACUCGAAUGAAUGGUUGAACUCGAGCAUCAGUCAGCCAGGGGAUUUAGUAGAUAUAGAAGCAGUUUCCCUGUCAAAUUCAAUUCCCAACAAGAUUUUCUCAUGUAAUUUCUGCAAGAGAAAGUUCCGGAGUUCGCAAGCAUUGGGUGGCCACCAGAAUGCCCACAAGAGGGAAAGAGGAGCAAUCAUAAGGUGCCAAUAUGGGAGACAAAUAUCAGCAAAUGGUAUGUUUGAUAGUAAAACAGUGGCUUUGUCAUUUGGUAUUCAAUUUCAGGUCCAUUCACUUGUCCACAAACCAUAUAAAGAACGGAAUGCUAUGGUUGCAAGAUUCAACAAUGUUAACCAGAGAUGCAUGGGAGGAUGGAAAUCAACCUUGCCUGAAGAGGCAACAAUGGCAAAUUGGCCGGGAAGUUCUCGCAUACCCGCAGAACAGAACAGUCAGCCAUCAGACUUGCUUAAAGUUGACCUGACUCUGCGGCUUUAAGACUUCCAUGUUCCAUCCAAUUUGUCUGCCGGUCAACUUGAAUUCUAAUGCUACCUGUGCAAAUACCUGCUGCAUUAUUUGAUCAGCAGCGGUUAACAGCCAAGUAAUUUGUUUGAAACACAUUUAAGAGAGGCUUCCUAGCAUGAUGAAAUUGAAUGCCAAAAAAUUUUCUUCCAAUUAUUAGAAAGGCUGGUUAAGUCAAAACUCAGUUUUGUAAAGCAAUUGUAAGUGCUUCUCUCACGUAAAGCUUUUCUAACGUAAGGCAGUU